CUCAAUUAAAAGGUGGAUUAUUAUUUUCUUCCUUUAUCACCGCCAAUGAUUAAGAAGCUAAGCAACAUGGAUUACAAGCAGAAACAGGAGAGAUGUGGGCAAUACAUCGAAGCUCUUGAAGAAGAACAACGCAAGAUUCAUGUCUUCCAACGUGAACUUCCUCUUUGCUUAGACCUCGUAACCCAAGCAAUUGAGGCAUGCAAGAGAGAGUUGUCGGGUACGGCCACAGAGAAUAUGUACGGACAAUCAGAGUGCUCCGAGCAAACAACCGGAGAAUGCAGACCUGUCUUGGAGCAAUUUCUAACCAUUAAAGACUCAUCAACCUCCAAUGAAGAAGAAGAAGAAUUAGACGAUGAGCACGGAAAUCAUGAUCCUGACAAUGAUUCUGAGGACAAGAACAUGAAAUCUGAUUGGCUUAAAUCUGUUCAGCUCUGGAACCAACCUGACCCUCUUCUCCCAAAAGAGGAAGGAACGCAAGAGAAGAUGGUGGACAGGGUGGUGAAGAAAGAUGAAAGUAUGAAGAAAGAAGCGAUGGCUAACGGUGGAGAAAGAAGGAAGAGAGAGGCGGAGAAAGAUGGAGGAAGAAAGCAGCGAAGGUGUUGGUCGUCGCAGUUGCAUAGACGCUUCUUAAACGCUCUUCAACACUUAGGUGGACCUCAUGUUGCUACGCCGAAGCAAAUCAAGGAGUUAAUGAAGGUUGAUGGAUUAACUAAUGAUGAAGUCAAAAGCCAUUUACAGAAAUAUAGACUGCAUACAAGAAGACCAAGCCAAACAGUCCCUAACAACGGAAACUCUCAAACGCAACAUCUCGUAGUCGUCGAGGGCAUAUGGGUUCCAAAAUCUGACCACUCUACAGGCAGGACCACCGGAGGAGCCACCACUAGUGGCACCACCACCCGGUCCACCACCGGGAUAUAUGGAGCAAUGGCCGCACCACCACUGCCACAGUGGCCGAGCCAUUCCAAUUUUAGACCGUCCAUUAUCGUGGAAGAAAAAGGAUCGGGAAGCCCAAGCGAAGAGGUGGUGGUCCGAUGUAGCUCGCCAGCGAUGUCUUCUUCUACCCGCAACCAUUACGUCAAGAAUAUUUAGUUUUUUUCUUUUCCUAUUCUCUCUAAUGUUUUGGUUCAUUUUAUUAUAUACUAUUUUGGUUUCUUCGAGUUAAAAUUUGACACCGUGAGGAA